AUGCCUCUGGCCGUGGCCCUCCUGCUGCUCGGGGGCCUGAGCGGGGGCUGGGGCUGCCUGCAGUGUGACCUCUCGGUGCAGGAGACGCUGCGCCAGCUGCGCCUCCGCCUCCUCCCCAGCCGCUUCGGCCGGGAGCACCUGCGGGCCCGCGCGCAGGCCCUGCUGCUGGGCAUGGAGGGGCCUUUCUUCCGGGACUACGCCGCGAACGUGUUUGCGGGGGAAAUAGAGACGCAUCACCUGGACCUUGUGGCGAUCUUUGCGAAGAACCAAAUAAACAGGCUGAGGGUUGAUUCUCUGAGAGAUGGGCCUCUGCUGGAAGAGCUGGUGACUCUUAGGAGGAAGGUGACCAAGAAACUCAAGUCAGUGUUGAGGUCGUAUGAACUAAAAGCCUGUGAUCGGAAAAUUUGCCGUGAGUCCUGGUAGAUGUAUUGUCUAUCCCUCCCUUCGCUACCCUUCUACGCCUCUUUACCCACAAAUCAAGCCCCACUAUCACACCUACUCCAUCUAGUGCAGUGGUUCUCAACCUUCCUA